AUGAGAAGGCUGUUGUUAUCGUGGCACACAGAGGCUGAGUCAAAGAUUUUGGAAGACAAAGAAUCACAGCUGAAGUCUGACAUCAAUCAUUUCUCCAGCAAAUCAGAAUGGAUACACAAUCGUCUUGUAAAUGUGAGUCAGAAAAUGAUCAAAAGAAUGCUGCACAUCCAGCUGGCGACGGCGUUCGACUCCUUCGUAGAGCGGGUCAGGCAGUGCAAGGACCGGAGGGAUCUAUGCAGGCGGGUGAUCGACCGCAUGCUACACACCAAGCUGGCGGCGGCCUUCGACCGCUUCAGGGAGAUGAUUGACAAGUCUCAAGCUCAAAAGAAGGUGAUUGCGAACGUGAUCGGGCGGUGGGUGUCUCCGCUGGAGCGGCAGUGCUUCGACCGCUGGCUGGACUACGUAGAGUAUAUGCGAGCUUGCGAGAAGGAAGAGGCGCAGGAAAGGCUGAAAAAAGAGCUCGAGCUCGAGGUCAGCCUGAACCAAGACUACGUCAGGAGAGAGCAGGACCGCCGUACCGAGAUCAGCCGGCGGGUGGUGCUACGGAUGUUCCACAUCCAGCUGGCGACGGCGUUCGACUCCUUCGUAGAGCGGGUCAGGCAGUGCAAGGACCGGAGGGAUCUAUGCAGGCGGGUGAUCGACCGCAUGCUACACACGAAGCUGGCGGCGGCCUUUGACCACUUUGUUGAAGGCUGUCAAAAUUGUGCAUAG